AAACAAUUCACACGAUUGACAAAUCACCGUAACAUUUUCGUGGAUCACCUUAAAUAAACUGUUUGAUUUAGGUACAUACGAUUGUGAUUAGCACCUCGACUUGCAAUGAAACUUCAUAACACAUUGUCAAUACCGCGACAAGAUAUUUAUAGCCCAGGAUGCCACUUCACUGCAGAGACGUACAGGACUCCUUCACCGGUAAACACUUCACCAGUGAAAAAAAUCAAGAUGAUGAAAAUUACAGUAUUCGCCAUCGCUGCCCUGGCUUUAGUGUGCGCACUGCCGCAGCAGGAUGCGCCAGCGCAGGGCAACGGGCAACCUCCCGUGUCCAUUGUCAAGCAGGACUCUGAGGUCGACGUUAAUGGAUACAAUUUUGAAUUCGAAACAAGCGAUGGAACGUCACGCCAGGAGCAAGGCGAGUACAAGAACGACACUGACCAACAGGGUCUAUCAGUGAAGGGCAGCUACAAGUACACAGCCCCUGAUGGCCAGAAGAUCUCCGUCACCUUCCUCGCUGACAAGAACGGCUACCAACCCACCGAACAAAAAGAUGACCAGAAAUCUGCCCCUCAAGCCUAAGAAAGAAGCCACUUUAUACUACUUAAACGAUUUGAUCGAUGUUCUUUAGCUACUCGACUGGCUGAUUAGGGUUGACUCUAGCUGCAAAAAGCCAUCUGUAAAAAAUAAUUUUAAAAUGUGUACCAUAAAUCAAGUUGAGAAACUUCCGAGAAGAGUCAUAAUAUCGUCUGAGUGACUAAUAGCUUUUGUGAUAAAAUAAGAAGAGCGUCGUUAAUUACUAGAAGAAUCCUUUGUGUGUAAUGUUGUAUCGUGCUUAAUAUAUAACUUGUAGCUUUAAGAAUGUAUAAGUCUGUAAGCAUUGUAUAUUAGAGCCCUUAUGUCUACCUACACGUAUUCAAAUCGAAUUUGAAACUGUUUAGCGGUGGUGACGUAAUAAACACUUUACGCUUGUACGAGUACAGUCAUGAGCAAUAUAAUGUACUCACUUUAGGACUCUGUCACACUAACAUAUUUGACAUUUAGUGAGACUUACAGUUCAAUUUGUCAAAAAAGUUGAUGUGAUAUUACCAUAUCACUUUGGUACCCCAAAGUGUAUACAUAUUAAUGCUCGUGACCGUACCUAUUGCAUUAGCCUUGUGAGAUGAUAAAACUGGCGUUUACAGUCUCAUAAAGCUUUUGUCAAAAAUGACGUUUGCACAAACCAAAUAAAAUAUUUUUAAGAUCCUAAA